AUGAAGUCGGAAACAGGAGUAUCGAAACCUAAGAUCAAGAAGAGAAAGUACUCGAGAAAAGGAUGCAACGAAUGCAAAAGACGAAAAAUCAAAUGCGACGAAGCUGCCCCAGCUUGCAAUAAUUGCACAAGAUUGAACAAAACAUGUAUCUAUGAAUAUAAAGGCAAGCUCGAUGAGAACAACGAGCCUCCUGAGCCGAACUUGAACUUGAAGUUUUAUAAUCCAAAUACGCCCAAGCUGACUAAGAAGGAAACGAAGAUCAAAAAGGAGACGCCUAAGAAACCAGCUCCUGCUUUGAAGGAAGAACCUGAAGAUAAUGGCACCACGUUUUCUAAGGUCGAAGACAGUCCGAUGUUACCACUGCUUCCAACAAUUCCUCCAGAGGCACCUUCGAGCAUGGUAUCCAGCGUCGAGACAAACUACGAGAUGCAAACGGUGUUCAACGAGGCCAGUUUGCUUGUGAAUGAUAUUCACCAUAUGCUCGAGGACAAUUAUGAUGUGCGCCAUCAGCACGACCGCAGGGCUUUCCCUAGAACUCAACCAAGCCCAUCCCUAUCGUCUGAAGAUAGAACACAGUUCAGCAUAGAGGAUUUUGUCGACUUGAAUGACCAGGUAGACGGCAGCCCACACCUACCUUGGAAUAAAGCAGCAGAGAUUUGGGAGAUUCUGAACUCUCAGCUUAUCGAGGAGUGUGUCACAGCAAACAAUUUGGGUGAACCACAUUCUGGCUAUUUAAGGACAUUGACUUCCACAGAGCUUUCAUACCACAUGUAUCCUCUUGCUUCACUGAUUGAGACCAACGAGGUUGUAAAGCUUCUUCUCAUGUAUCUGAGCGAGUGCCCACAUCUACUAUUUUCGCUUUUGGCAAUUUCAGCAACAUUUCAAUUCAACCAGACUGGUAAAUCAAGCCAUGAUAUAGCCAGGCAAAAGUAUAUCGGAGUAUGUUUACGCAAAUUGAGCGACGACUUCGCAGAGAAACCAGCUUCGAAACUGUCACAAUCCUUUCACGUCGAGAAGCUUUUAAUGACUGUUUUGGUUCUCACAACAUAUUUCAGCGCCACGACGUCUCUGUUAAACGAUACGGUUCUUAAUUCAUGGAAGGUUCAUCUUAGAGGCGCUCGCGAUCUAUUGAUAAAUUACAGCAGAAUCACAAAAUCAUCAGAAAGCGUGUCUCUUGGUCUUGCGCUUGCAAAAUCAUGGUUCUUUGCAUUAGAAUCUGUGGCCGCCGUCUUCUCAUCAGUAGGUGGUGCUACAGCCAAAACAUUUGAUGCUCCAUCACUAGACAAUGAUGAUCUAUUUGGAUCAUUCCCAAACCUUCCCUUAGACACCAACACUGUAUUUGUUGAGAGUGGAUUCUUUGAGUAUCACGAAAACAGAAACUACCACGAAUCGCUCACAAGACUAGCUAUGGUAGUCACCAGUCCCACCCUGUCAGACUUUAAUAUUUUCUGGGGCUACACAGCUACAUGUGUCAAGGCGAUCAUCUGUUACACAAGAGUGAAAAAUGCCAUGGAGAUAAAGAACCUAGAGCGUGCACCCAUCCGAUGGAUCACCCAAAUCGUUUCUCUACUAGGACAAACUGGCAGAGAAGAGGUAGUGCCUGGUGUGCUGCCUCGAAACUAUUUAAUUCCAAAGACUUGCAAAGGACAUCCCAACUAUGAGCCUCAAACACAGAGGUACAACUUUCCACCUGCUUGUUAUGCAGUGGAUAGCGACGAGAACGGAGAAAAGACAUACUACUCGUGGUUCGACGCGUCUAACCAGUUCCACGUUGACUUCUUGCAUCUACUGCUUCUAGUUCUGUCGGAGUUCUACUCCCUCCCACGUACCCACUACCACGUUCAAGAAAUGGUACAAAGGAUAUUCACAGGAGCGUUUUUCAUCAAAGAGAAACUGGCGCCGGUGUAUGAAAGAGACAAACCAGACAUCAUUGUGGAAAGCGACAAAUACUACGUUUCGCUGUCCACGUUUGACAAUAGGUGUAUUAUGGUCCAGUCUGCGUUUAGACUCUGUGCAAGCGUUGUUGUGGAAGAGGACCAUUUUGAGAAAAUCGAAUUGUUCUUCAUGGGCCUUGUCAAGCUAGGCAACGGUUCAUCACUCAAUGCCUUGGAUCAGGUUACAAGAAUCAAAGAAAUCAGGCGAGAGCGAAGACAGGAGAACCCCGAAUUGAUCGACGAAGAGGUAAUUGAGUUCGAAGAAGGCAAAGCCUCGAUACCGUUUGCCUAG